CUCUCAUCUCGUGAUGUAACUGGCGCGCCUGCGCCAGUAGAGACACGCCCCUUCUUUCUGCAAGCCAUGUGGCUGUCGUUGGUAAAUAAAGAUCUAUGCUAAUUUUUAACUUCCAUUUUACUCUGAUUUGUUUUGUACAAACGCUGACUUCUACACAGUCGGAGCAGCCAAAAUGUCGGCGGGCGUCGUGAACCUCCAGGCGCAGGUGGAGUCGGUGCUGGGAGCGCUCGUCAAAGCGGCCACGGUGGAGCUAACCAAACUGUUCGAGAGCAGGUAUCGAGCCACGGCGCUGGAUGUGGACGUGGGCCGCACUGAGGACAAAAAUCAAAAUGAAACCUUGGAGACACUGGAUAGUUUGUCGACUGGGGACACAAAACGCAGCAUCGGAGUGCAAGUGGACGAGGACAUUAGUCCGCCGUUGGAGCUUUGUGGCCCCCCUCUCCUCUCAGAUGGUGAUUGUUUGAGGGAGGUAGAGGAGGAGGAGGAGGAGGAAGAGGAGGAGGAGGAGGGGUGUCUCUUUCCAGAAAUCCUCCUGGCUGAAGAUGAUGGUCAAGUUGACCCCAAAUGGUCGCCUGGGAAGGAACAGGUCAGUGAGAAUUUACAGGUUGUGACGCAGACUGUGGGCAUGGUGGAGUUGAGCAGGUUUGCCGCAGAGUCUCCAGCUGACGGUGAUCCUCAAACAGAAGUUGUUUUGCAUGUCUCUGCAGAAACAAGGACAGAGACGUUAAGACAUGGAUCUACACAAAGCUCUCCAACUAAACAGAAGCCUCUGGUGAUCCAACCAGAUACGCGUAAUAUCAUUUCUGGGGAGAAGAUUAAGUUUGUUUGCCCGUUGAUCCUUAAGCCAGAGUCUCCAGCUCCCAAACCCGACAGCACAGAGAAGCCCGUUCAAGCCGAGCCUCAGCCAGCCUGUGUCAGCACCGCCAAGGGCACUGCCUACAGUCCGUCCCCCUCUGAUGGAGCUGUGACUCCUGCUCAGGUUGGGGUUUGGGAACGGAUCCACACGCCAAAGGAGAUGAAGAACAAUCUCCACAUGACGCUGAAACUGACCUCUCCAGACCAAAAGCUGAUGCGUCCCUGUGCGGUACAACUGGUGAACGUGCUCACAGUGCCUGAGUCAGAGAUGAAGCUCCAGGAUGAUGCUAAAGGGCAUGACGCUAACAACAAAACUGGCUGGCCUCUGCCCAAAGACCUCCGCCGCCACCAAGGUCUUCACACAGGCCAUCGCCUCUGCUGCUUCACCCCCUGUGGAAACGGCGUUUGGCGGCUUCAGAAGGUGGUCACCCACUCCCGUGAUGGAUACGCUUGCAGCAUCUGCGGGAAGACGUUCAAGCGGAGGAAGAUUCUCCGGCGGCACGAGCGCUUUCACACUGGAGAGAAACCAUACUCGUGUUCGGUGUGCUCAAAGACGUUUGCACUGAGGAAGAGCCUCCGCCGCCACUUGAGGUUCCACACGGGGGAGAGGCCGCACACCUGCACGCAGUGCAGCAAAAGCUUCCGUCUGCGAGACAAUCUGAAAGCACACCUGAGGUUUCACACUGGAGAGAAGCCUUUCAGCUGUUCCACUUGUGGUAAGAUGUUCAGGAUCAUGAAGAAUCUGGAGAAACACCAGUGUGGAUUCUUUGUUCCCUCAUUCAGGACGAUUGCUGGCUUGUAGCUGUGGAAAAAGUGGCCGGUUGUGGUGGUGGUUGCGCCAUUUUCUACCUCAGACUGAAGACACUGUAUCGCAUUUGUAGAAGACUGUCAUGUAAAGGUGAGAUGAGAAAAGUCAAAGCUACGAAAGAAACUGAAACCAUGAUCCAGACUCGUUCCUGACGGACAGUCCAGAAAGGUUAUAUUUUAAUGACAAAUGAGAGUGGGUUGAUGUGUGAUGGGGACAUUUUCUAGAAACUUAUACUACUGAUGGUUUUGUCUUUACAUUUCUUUGUUUCUUAUUCCUUGCCAUAUUUCUGCCUCCUGUGAUUGUGGGACUGAAACAGUGUGCAAGAGUUGUACAAGUACUUGACACUUUUUAGCAUCAGACCUCUGAGAAACACACGAUUAGUCUGCAAAGAAUCCCCAGGUAUACUACAUACGUGCUGAAGUACUCUGCUGCUCCUUGGAGAUUGUUGUCGUGUAAAUGGGUUGGACUGCAUCAGUAAAAGUUUAUGCUUUUAUGGGUACAGCUAGAAGAUAUCUGGUUAUUGCUUGGUUGGGCAAAAUACAGAUCCUCACCGGCCAACCUUUCCUGUGUCAAAGAUAUAUAUAUGAAGUACUUCCACUGAUGUUUGUUUUUGAUGUCUAUAUUCUUUUUAUAUUAUACUUUUUUUUUUUUUUUUUUUUUACUUUACACUCAUGUCUCUUAUCAAAAAGUGUUUGGUUUUGUAUUCAUGUUAUUACUGAAUGUAUGUAGACUUGUUUCUUUUGAUGACCAAGAUGUCUAAGAGUAUCCAUGCUGACUUUAUAAAAAAAUCUGGUUUUAAUGUUAACACAAUGUUAAAACUGGAAUGAUAAUCAUACUAUGAUAAGUGUACAUAUGGUCAAACAAAUGUGAUCUCAUGCUCUCUUUUUAAAUAUUGUUUAAAAAAAUUGUUUUUAUAUCCCUCGAUACAAAUGUCUGUUUUCAUCUUUUUAAACUUCUGAUGUUUGCAAGUUUUUCUUGUGUAUUAAUAAAAAAAAUACAUUUUUGUGGCA